GACGGGAUCUUGGCUAUUCUAAAACAGCAAAUCCCUUGAAGUGUCAUAUGAGGAACGUGGCCAUUGGGCAUCAACAAGCGCCGUUUGCAUAGGCUUGUUUCCAUAAUUUGGGUGUGGUUGCCAGGAUCUUGUGCAGUGUCAACAGAUCCAGGGCAGCAAAUACUCAUUCGAUACGCCUCUGUACCAUACGUUCUAUUGGACACCCGCCUGUCUUCACGAUGUACUAUGUUUUAUACCUUGCGAGUCUCUGCCGACGCCGCCGCUGGCCGGAGCCCCAGUUUGAGGCCUAUGAAGGCCCUACCGGGUAUACCUGCAUUGUUCGCGUCAAUAAUCGGGAAUACCAGACGGACACUGUUUACCAAAACGAAACCCUGGCUCGAGAGAACGCCGCAAUGCGAGCAUACCUCAUUUGUCGGAAUUUUUCCGUCAACGAUGGCAUGUAUCCUGCUGGACAUGACCACGGAGGCGUUGUCCAGGGAAUGCCUGUGGCGAUAGGUACUGGCCGAAAGACCCGCUAUGAUGAUACCGAUACCUCGACCAGUGGAGGAAGCAGAAGCGGAGGGAGCAGUCCCGAAAGCUACGAGGGAGGACGAUUCAGUCAGGAAAGACCCGUUGUGCCAUCGAGGGCCCUCGCAUUUAGCAGUCGUGGAAUGUAGUCGUCCCUGCUGUCCUCAGAAUAUUGUGAUCAAGCGGAACUCGGCG